CUGAAUUUUCACUGAGUGAUUGGAGCUGCGCGCGCGCGCUGACUGAACUUCACCGGAACGCGCUGUCCAGUCAGAUGGACGUCUCUUGUCCUGCUUCUGCAAAGAAGAGUAUGAACCCUGAUGACUCCUCAUUACCCCCUGUAACUCCCCUGACUCCUCCUACUCUGCCUAAAGACUCCUCCCACUCACCUGUUCCCACUGCCAGAUCCCCCCAUGGACAGGUGCGUCGGGGGCGGGGCUUUGCAGCAGUGGCGAAGCAGGUGAUUCAGGAAAAGAGGAGGAGGAAGCAGGAGGAUCAGGAAAGGGUGGAAGAGGAAGAGGAUGCAGCUGAAGAAGACCUGAGCUUUGAGGAACUUCUAGAGAAAGCAAAAGAAGGAGAUCCUAAAGCGCAAAGCCGUUUGGGUAAACACUAUCUGAAAUUAGGGGAAGACUCUGAGGCUGAUGUAAAUAACCAAAUAGCUGUUGAUUGGCUGGUGAAAGCAGCAAAACAGGGACGAAGUGAUGCAGCAAAACUACUGCAACAGUGUUGGAUCAAGAAGAAAGGUAUCACGCCACAGAAUGAAGCUCAAGUGCGUUCUCUGGCAAGGGAAAGUAAGUUUGAGCAGGCGGUUCGGCGAGCAGCAAUAACGAUGUAUUGGAAGUUGAACCCAGACAGAAAGGAGAAAAUGGACAAGAGAGAAAUAUUGCAGAACGUCACUCGAGUCAACAGUGAAGCAGCAGGUGUUGUCUCUAGUGGAGCUUCAGACAUCCAGACACAGAGAAAAUUUUUGGAGAAAAUGGUGACCAAUGAGCCACACAGUCAGUAUAUGGAUGUGGAAGGGUUUGUGGAGAUGACAAAAAAAUACACAGAGAACAUCACACAGACACCACAGAGUGAAGAGUUGAGUCAAGACACUGCGAGAGGAGGAGCAUGGGACUGGAAUGAUUUAACAACACUGGAUAAGACCCAACAGAAGGGGGGGUGUCCUGUAUCUCAGAAGAAAAGUGUGUGGCCAGGCAGUCAGAUGAUGCUGGAAACGAAACACAGCAUUAAGAAAGCCAUAGACAUCAAAUCCUAUUUCCUGGGUCUACAAUAUCCUCUCCACCUGAUCCUGGAUGUAAAGGAGCACCUGGUGGACUGGGCAUCUCGUGCAGGUGUUCAGUGGCUGAGCACCAUCAUACCGACUCAACACGUUAAUACACUCAUCUUCUUCUUCAUCAUUUCUAACCUAAGUGUUGAUCUGUUCUUCUUCAUCAUCCCUCUUCUUACAUUCUACCUGGCUUUCAUCUCCAUGGCAAUCUGCACUCUGCGAGUGUUUCGUAGCAGUAAAUGCUGGCAGAAGUUUAGUGCUUUAGCAGCUCUCCUGAGGCGUUUUGAACCUGAGCUGGAUGUUGAGUCUCACUUUGGUUGGAGUCAGCUGGAACAGCACCUUUACUUCCUGGUUUCUGUGUGUUUUGUGAUCUUCAGUUUCCCACUGGCUGAUAAACGCUGGAUCCCAUGCUCAGAGCUCUGCACGGUGGCCAUGUUCUUCACAGCUCUAAGUUACGCCUCUCUGACCCCAGCAGCGGCAUCGUACACACGCAGAGCAUUCAUCAUUGAGGUGGCCUCCUCCAUCUGUGCCCUGACGACUCGCCUUCCCGAGGAAUUUAAGAUGCUGCGACUUUUAGGUCAGACAUUUGCAACAGUGCCAGUCGGAGAUAUGGUGGAGCUUAUGAUUAGCCUGCCAUGCUUGCUUUAUGUCUACCUUUUCUACCUGUUCUUUAGCAUGGCCCGGAUGCAUGGAUUCAGAGGGACUUACUGCUUCCUGGUUCCAUACCUAGUGUGUUUUAUGUGGUUGGAGUUUGCAGUGGUUCUUCUGCAGAAUUCCACUCUGAUUGGUCUGAUUCGCACUUGUGUUGCAUACUUCCUCCUUCUGUUCGCUCUGCCUAUACUGGCACUGGGACUGAUGGUCAUGUUAGCGAUCCAGAUAGUAAAGUGGUUUGUGGAACUGGAACUAACAAAGCUGCUGGUGACAUUGGCAGUGUGUGUGGUUCCCGUCAUACUCCGUCUGUGGACUCGCUUCAGCCUAUCAAUUCUGAGCGUGCUGCGCUCCAUCACACACCGUGGCCCUGUCAAACUCAUCCUUUUGUGUUUGUGCUGUGUGUUUUUGGUGUGUGUGGGCUAUGUGUACAGUGCAGAGGGGCUGAAGGUGUAUAACUCCACACUGACAUGGAAGCAGUACGGCACAUUGUGCGGCCCCUCAGCAUGGAAACAACAUGGGAUCACGCGAACUCAGAUCCUCUGCAGUCACCUGCAGGGACACAGAGUCACAUGGAGUGGAAAGUUUCAGGGUGUCCGAGUGGCCGAGACAGAAAAUGGAGCUCAGUCACUCAUCAACUUGCUGCCUAUUUUCAUGGGUGAUUGGCUGCUCUGCUUAUAUGGUGAUGAAUAUCCUUCCUGUGAGGGGCGGAAUAUUAGCAGUUCAUUGCAAGAACAAACAAGUGUAAAUGUAUCAGUUCUCUUCCAGCAGCGAGAGGAAGAAGAACUCUGCCGCAUCAAACCUGUAGCAAAACACCACUGCCACGUUAAACGUUUUGAUAAGUACCGCUUUGAAGUAACAGUGCGCCGUCCAGUGGAUGGAGCUGAGAUUGAAGACACUGAUAGUGACAUCAUCCUCCUUGCCAGCCACGAAUUUAAGCAGGUACUGUUGAACCUGGAUGAUGGCAGCAUGGUGGAGUUCAGCACCAAGUUGGAGGGGAAACUGGGAUCUAAACAACCAAGACUGGAGCUGAAAGCAAUUCACUGUCUGAACUGCAGAUCGUCACUGCUCCCUGAAGGACGGCAAGUCAAACUCGAACGCAACUGGAGGAAGAGUGUGCAGGCAGCCAUCAGAUUUGCCUUCGACUUCUUCUUCUCCCCUUUGCUGUCAGCCAGGUUUAAGAUGUGAGGUAGAAGAGUGUAGCAGUGAGUGAAUAUUAGGCAAGAAAUUCAUGGAAUGUUCCAGUACUGAUGGAGAAAAAGCAGGAGGAGGAGUAUUGCUUAUUGCACUUUGCAGUGCUGAUGCUUGAUGUGAAAACAUAAAGCUCAUAUCAGCACCAGAGUAAGGUGAGAAAAUGUGUGUGCAAAGUUUUUAAUCUUGUAGAGUUCUGUUUAGGUUCUGUAUUAGGGCAGCUUUAUAUGUAGAACCCCUUGACAGUAUUCACUAACAUGCUGGUCUUUAAGUCAUUGCUGAUUAUAUUUAUCAGUUCAGCCAGUUUUAGCAGCAAAAUCAAAGACUAUAAAAGACACAGAUUAACUAAGAAUUCUUCUCCUAAAUUCUCUUGAAAGCAGAAACUGAUGUUCGGUACCGAGGUUGUUUUGCUAUGAAACCAAAAGUUACAGCUGAGGACAGUGAUGCAAAUCUGGAUGCUCAUUUAAAGUAAAUUCUUUCAAACAGCUUCUUAUUUUAGAAAUGUAAAAGUUUUUAAAAAGUUAUUUAGUCUGAAAAAUAAACAUCGUGUUGUGUGUAUUGCUCUGUACGAUUUCAGAUAGUGUGUGUUUAUUAAAAUUCCAA